CUUUUGACCCUGUCCACCCUCCUCUGGGUCUGUACCUCCUCUGCCUUGGAUAGGUUGUCACGUGAAAGAAUAAGAAAGUGCUCUACCUGUUGCUGCCAAGCUAGUUUCUCUUUGUGUGUGUUUUCUGAGCCGUUUUGUAAGGACAGACUCUUCUCAUCCUCUCACCCCAAAUCCAGCUAUGGAGCCCCCCGGCCCCCCCAGAAAAAUGAGAAAAUUUGAUGAUGCAUCAUCAUCAUUACUAAAACAUAUAACUUGGGAUACUAUUUUGGCAGAAACUGACAUCGAUAAAAAUGAGACAGAUAUAAAAGGCUUAUUCGGCGUAAAUCUUUCCGCUUUCUAUGAAAGUAGUGACGAGGGAAUUCUCACUCUCUUGUCAUUCUUGGGUGACAGAACAAUCAAAACCAAGAUUUUGAAUGCUCUCAACACUGUAUUCAAAUUGGGCUAUAAACGAGUUUUUACCGAAACCAAUUGUCCUCCCCCCUCAACACUUGGUGGAGUGAAGGGUGCUAGUUCGAAUAUUAGUAAACUCGGAAUAAGGUGUCAUCGUCCACUACAUGAAUUGCAUGUAGCUCUUCAAGUACAAGAAUUUGGAAUGUUUAUGGACAAGCUUGACGAAGGUGUUACUCCUUCUUCUAUAAUCAUAGACAAAACACUUGAAGUGAUGUUGUCAUUAUCUAAAUUUACUGACGAGAAUACAAAAACACAAGAGCUUACACAAAUUCUAAUUGGUAUGUUUUCUGAUUGUGAGGUUACGGUUGGCUCUCGGAGUUGGGGAAGUUCCUCCAGCGCUAAAUCUGAUAUUAGUGUAUCUUUUGAAAAUCGUAUCCUAGUGAACUUCGAAAUGAAAAGGGAGCUCGCUAGUGAUGGUGCUGAACCCAAUCUGAAAAACAUUGGAUACUUCAUCCACUUCCAACGAUCAAACCAAAACCCACGUGCCCCAAUGGUAUUAGUUAGUAUAGUAGGCCCGCACUACUUGCAGGUGUUUGGUGCAACUUGGUUUGGUGACUUAGUGUGCGUGGAUCCACUGUGUUCUCCAGUUUCUCUUCUUUUUGUGCCGCAGGAUCCUAACGAAAGUACACUUAAACUUGCCAGAUUAUUUCAUUCCCUUGCUUUUUUAAUCAAGAAAUUGAAGACGCCUUCUAUUAAUAUUAAUGGAGAAAUAGGUGCCCCAUACUACACUCAUGACAGCCAACUUGUGAACGUGACGAGAAUGGGCCAAAACAAGCAUGUGUAUGAAGCCACUAUGAACGGAGAUCAAGUUGUUUUAAAGUUUUCAACACGGUAUGGAAUUGAUGUUCACAAUCAUUUAGCUUCAAACAAGCUUGCCCCUAAAGUCAUUUCUCACGCGAAGCUUUCAGGAAAAUGGUAUGUUACUAUCAUGGAAAAAAUUGAUGAGAUCAAAUCGUAUGAAAAGAAUGAUACUGUGGUUGCGUCCUUGAAGAGUGUUUUAGAUUGCCUAAAGUCUAAAAAUUAUGUACACGGUGAUUUGCGUCGCCCAAACAUUCUGGUCUUACCGGACGAUACUGUUCGAGUCUUGGACUUCGAUUGGGCUGGCACUGAGGGAAUUGCAACAUACCCUAUAGACUUAAACCUGAGUUCAGAAUGCGGAUGGCGAAACGAUAUUGAAAGAGGACAACGUAUAACUAGUGGGCAAGAUAUGUAUAUGCUUAGUUCACAGUUUCCCUUUUAGCUAUUUUGUUAUUAAAAUCUUUACCAUGUGGAUAUGCACAUUUGGUUCAGUGA